UGGAUGUGGUGGAGCGCGUGCUCGGAUCUUCCAAGCCUGAGGAGUGUUCGCGGCUCCUCGGCUGGUGACGGACGCAACCCUGGACGUGAACUGGAAUAACCCCUCCUGCUGUUGACUCAAGGAUGCUCCUGACUUGAAUCUUGGAAAUGUUGGAACAUGCGCAGAUGUGAGUCCACAGCAGCGCUCGCUCCUGUUUCCUCCCAUCGCCGCUAAUCAAACGUCUUGGGAAGAAAUCUGAUGCAGCCGGUGGAGAAGCGCGUCUCAGCCAAGCGGCGCAUCUCCGCUCUCUGCGCGUAAUGGGAGAAAAGUUUGGAGGCUUCCAGAGGAGACGCAGCAUCCCGCCGUCCUAGACCCCCCCCCCCCUGCCACAGCUCCAUGUCCCCAGAUCAGAGUCCAGUUCCACGGAUCCAGCAUGACUUGAGACAAAGCCUCGAUCGGAGCCAGAGAUUCGCCAACUAGAGAGGAUCCGAACCGCCCGAGUCCGACACCGAACUAGAGGAAGAUCGAGCUCUCUGGAUGUCUACGAUGCUGCACCCGGUCCGGCACAAGUGUGUGAUGGAAAUUCUGGUGCUGAGCGUCUUGUCGUGGGUGUCCGUUUGGGCCGAGGAGAAGAUCAUCUUCGACAGACACGCCGUGUACUGGAACAGCUCCAACCCCAAAUUCUGGCACGGGGAGUACAGGGUGGCAGUCAACAUCAACGACUAUCUGGACAUCUACUGUCCUUUCUACGACGGUCCGCCGUCUCACGGGCGCAUGGAGCGCUACAUCCUGUUCAUGGUCAACCAUGAGGGGUACACUUCCUGUCAGCACCGGAUGCGAGGCUUCAAGCGCUGGGAGUGCAACCGUCCCAGCGGUCCAGACGGACCCCUGCGCUUCUCAGAGAAGUUUCAGCUCUUCACUCCCUUUUCUCUGGGCUUCGAGUUCAGGCCGGGACACGAGUACUACUACAUCUCGUCGCCUCAUCCGAACCAUGUGGGCCGGGCAUGUCUAAAGCUAAAGGUGUACGUCAGACCUCCAGAUGGAUCAGGAUACGACUCUCCCGAGCCCUUCCUGACUGAUGGCGAUCCAAGUUGGAGGCCAGGGCCCAUGUGGUGGUUAGGUGCCCUCGCUUCCGUGUACGUUGGACUCAUCUGCUGGCUGUGACCCCUCGACCCCUCUUCCUGGAGCUCCCGCACUGGGUCGCUGGGCCGGGCUGGCUCUCCCUCUAACUCCAUCACCCCUCAGGGAAGUGCACUGUCUCUGUCCUACACCUCUAAAUGACCACGACCACCCUGACCGCCAGCCUCCCUCCCUCCCACUGAUCAACCACGGAUACACUUCCCACGCUUGAAUGAGAUCUGUGGGUCUGGAGCUGCCUUCCAUCUCUGAUCUCCAGAGGACGGGACGCGUUGAGGAACACCAGGGAAAUGUCUCUGCACUUGCAUCAGUGGAUCCCUUUUGAUUCGUACAUUGACUUCAUAAAGACUGGUGGAGUAGACGUAGCCAUGGCUUUGAUGGAUCUUCGGGUGUGAGUCCUGUCAUCCUGUCACGGCAGGAUGCGCUCAGUGAUAGGACUGGAUGCACAAAAAUUGGGUUUUCCCUCCUUCCUCACAUUCCUUUCCCAUUUUCAAAGUCAAAGCGGGAAAGUGGCCAAGCUUGCUUUGUAAUUGAAUUGUAUACAACUUGGGCAAACUCCAGCACAUUGGCAAAGGAAGGCAAUCGGCAAAGGACAAUAGCAGUUUGGCCCGGAGUGAAAAUGAAACACAGGAAACCACCUGUUUAAAUAACAAAACCUCUGCGGAAAGGUGCUCCGAUAUUUGGCUCUUCCAAACCUGCUGUGUUCGGGCAGCAGUGAGGCAGCAAGUGUAAAACGCCUUGUAUCGUUUCAUAAUGCACAAAACACUGCCACCGUUUUAGCGCUAGAACAAUGCAAAAUAUUUUGUCUUCAUGGUGUAAUAAACCCUUAACUACUGUAUAGUAAACAGCGUAAAAUAUCACCAGAAAUGAAUUAGCUACCCUUAAAAAUGCCGCAGGAGGUUCAAACAAAGUUGUGUACUCCAGUUACGCGUGGGAGUAGAUUUGCCUUGUUCACAGUUCAGUGGAAUGUAGCGUGCUUGAUUUUACGGAUCUUUUAUUCGGGUCAGCUGGAACGUGUUUGUGUUUUCAUGGUCGCAACACAUAGGUCUUAAUGAGAGACCGCUGCUCUCUAUUGACCUGAACCUCAUGUGCAGUGCAGUAUCUCGGCCAAUUAGACGAUAAAAACCCAGUCGGAGGUCGGCACAGGUCAAGUUUGAGGUACACAGAUGGGUUCUGCAGUCCAGUCUAUUGGUCAAGAAGUGGCUCCACUGCCCUGGAAACUGAAAUAUGUAACACACAGGGAGACAAUCUUAGUACAGAUAGUCAUGUUCUUGCAUGUUAACCGGAGACUUUUGCAGCCAGAAACCUUCAAUUGUCCUCCAUCUUUGGUUCAGGAUGAACAAAACCUGAAUUAUAGAGCAUCUUUUAAUAAGCCUGCGUAGCUCAAAGUGCGAUAUGUGAUAACAUUAACUUCAAAAGGGGAGGUGCGUAUUAAGGGGCCGUCCACGUCUCAUAGCUCCAGGUCAGGUGGCCAUCACUAGAGUUCAAAGUUGGAUUUUGGCCCGAGAAUCGAAAAAGUCAUGAUUAUUUAUUCACAAAUAAAUAAGUAGGGUUUAAAUAAAAAAAAUAUGUUUCUGUUCUCACCCUGGUUACCAUUAAAAGACAGAUGUCACUUACUAAGCUAUUAAAUCAUAGAAAUAUAUCAAUUUAUGAUUUCAUAGCAGUUUAAUGGUAUAAGAAUAUUUGCCACAAGAAGCCACAUUUUUCAAUUUGAAUGAAUUUGGUAUAUUACUGAAUCAAAUGAUGGACCCAUACAUACAUUUAAACAACAAAACAUUGUUUAUUUUGCAUCACUGGCACAAUAAAUCACAAUGGUGGCUAUAUUCAAGUUUUUAUAUCACCUUAUUUAAACUAAAGCUCUUUUAAUGUCUUGAAAAUAUUUGUAUAAGAAUUUCAAUUCUAUAAGAAUUUCAAGUACAUUCAGAGUAGUGCAAACCCUGGCCAUUGUGUAGCAAAAAACAUCAAUAAAAGCAAACAAUAAAAGCAAACAAAAGCAAUCUGGUUGCUUUUGUUCAGGGAUUCCUCCAUGUUUGUUGUUGUUGUUAUCAUCCUAGCUGCCACGUGUCUUGUGCAUCAAUGUUAAAUUAUGUUACAUUAAAUUAAAACGAUUAAAUAUGAUUAUAUAUAUAUAUAUAUAUAUAUAUAAAUGUUUCAUUUUUUAUAAAGUUCUCACGCACUGUUCUGGAAUAGAGAGCUAAUUUUUCAGGUGCAACAGUCUGGAAAUUCACAUUUGAAUGCAGCCACCGAUCUUUUUAAUGAGUCAUAAAAAAAUAAAUAAUAAAUACAUGCAGCAAUCUUUCAUUUUCUCAUUUCAAAUUUGCCUUCAUUACAUUCCUAAAUUGGCAAAUGAUGCAAUGCUUUUCCCUCCGGAAGACAGAUAUUUGUUAUGGAGGGAAAAAUUCAAUCAAAUACACACAUAAGUAGUUCCAUUUUUUUUAUGCAGAUGAAUUGCAAAAUGGGUUUUUAUUUUUUUUAAUUCAAGAGGGAAGGUUUUUAAAACCAUCCAAGUUUAGCUAAACUGCACAAAUUUAGCAGUCAUCAUUGGAGAAGAGUGGGACUCUGAGGACGGGCCAUUUGUUUGGUUUGGUUUGAUGUUUGAAUAUGCAGAUUGGAAUCAGGAAUUUUACAUGUUGUUUUGCGACCUGUGAGACGUGUUUCAAUUGAGAUGUGUUUAUGCUUUUCAUGAUUCAUCACUGGAAAUGACUAAAAGACUAGGCGCACUCGGAGAGUGCAGACCUGGACCUGACUAGUAAUCCACACUGAAAGACAGAAUACAAACACAUCUGAAGUCUGUGGUCUAGUUGAAGAGAUUCAAAUGUCACAUGGGAUAUGUUGCCCUCCUCACCAAAUUUCGGAAUACUUGUCCGACAUUGGAUCAAAUAUCACACAAAUACAGAACCUGGAAAAACUGUGUUUAUCUCAAACUGAAAGAAGCGGUGGUCUACGAGAUACAAACGGUGGACCAGGAUCCACCAGAAAGUUGAUCCAUUUCAUCCUAAUCCGAUUUCUAAAAAUGCCAUUGAAGUCUGUCCAUCAGUUUUUCUUCCAAAAUGUGGGUUUUUGAUCACCAAAGUGACUCAAGUUUUAUAAAAAAUGUAGGCCACUCUGCUGGUGGGGGCGGAGCUAGGGUCAGUGGAAAUUCAACAUGGUGGAUGAGAGAGGCUUCACUCCAUUUCACCUCUUUGUCUGGUUGAAUUUUCCCUGUCUAACUAUAAAAACAGUGCUCUGGUUGCUCUAUGUUCAGAUUCUUCAGCUUGAACCACGUUGCUUGAAAUUCCUAUAGUGUAGCGCCAUAGUACAUCGCACCUCUACACUGACUUCAUGCUUAAAACAGUCGCUUUUGUGACAUGAUGUGAGAGUUGUGUUGCCCAGUGACAAACAUCACUUUGGCGAAACUAACUAAAACAGUAUGUAAAAAGUAAAAAGUAUGUUGUGAGGCGUGAAAAAAGGUGGAUUCAAUGCUGCGUUCAGGACUUCAGUAAACCCCCAUCUUGCAUUUAAAUCACAGGGAAAAGUGCAGUGACUUGAGCCUCACUUUCACCACACUUCUUCUGAAGCUCAAGAUGAUCAAAAACAAACUUAAGUAGCAUUAAAUGAGCAAAACAGUAAGGAGGUUCUUUUCACAUUCAGGUCAAACUGUGGUAGCUGAAGGGUUUAUUACAUGAUUUGGUCAAAAUGUUUCCUGAAUGAUGGCGUCCUCAGUCGUGCUUCAUGAUGUGUUGCAGUUGGUGCCGGGGUGGGAGGGGCUGUGUGGACGUGUUGGUCAGGUAGCACGGUGUAUAUUUUCAGUGUUCUGUCUCAUGUACGUUUCUAAACAAAGCAUUUAUCACGGCCUGGCCCGCCAGGCCUCUGUACCACUGUCUGGUUUGGUCGGGUGACUUUUGACUUUCUCAUGUUUGAAUGUACCACUGGUCACCCACCUCUCGGUCUCUUUCUGGAUUAUUACGACUGUGGUCACUUACUUGUCUCGGACUGGCAGGAUGGUUGGGGGGCGGGGGGGGGGGACAGGCAAGGGUGAGGCGAGGCGACACUCGAGUUGCAUGACCACUGUGAAACCUUCAGAUCAAUCUUGUUUGUAAUGAUGAUAUAUUUUUUCAUGAGGGGAAAUUCUCUCACAGACGUCGGCGGGGGGACGGCCCACCCGCUCUCCUCACACCGUCGGAGGUCCGGCGCUUGAUGGAUUACCUCGGGCCGAGAGAUAAAUGGACCCGACUGGACGUCAGAUCCCGAGCCCGGCUCGCAGAGACAGAGACAGUGUGUGGUGUCGGGGUCGCAUCACCAGAACACGUAGAUGUACACACACACACACACACCAUCUCUUAUUAACAAGACUUUGAGUCAGUGGAGCAUUUAUGGACUUGAAGAAGGAGAAAGAAGGACUUCUCAAGCGUGGGGACGUGAACAUGAGUAAGCACUGUGAACACACACAUGUACAGAGACACACACACAUGCAGACAUACAUGUAGAAAAGCACAUGCAGGUAGAGACAUCCAAACAUGGCAUGCACAUGUUUACACACAAACAAGAGGAAGCACUUCCUUCAUCUUAUUUUUGUAGCAUUUAAAAGUCACUGUUAUCGACUCCUGUGUUGGAUGCAGUGAUGGGGCGUAGCCUGUCGACGUUUUAAAACAAUGUGUCUUCUCUUCUUCUGUCCCACUGAUUCUGUCCAUUCUUCUGGUUCGUGAUCCAUGGUUGGUAGAGGUAGGAUGCCUUCAGGGCCGCGCGUCGUGUAUGAGUUUGUCUCCUUUUCUGUUGGUGGUGGAGGCUGACCUCAGUCGUUACGAGUCAACACAGAACGAGGAGAGAAACACACAAAUAAAGAUUGUCUUUUGUCUACUUGACAACAGUGCGUCCAUGUUUCCAGCCAACAUCCAGCAGGGUCCCGGACGCCUGCGUACACCUCUGCCCAACCUUCUUAUUGAAGAAUACGGUUGAUGAACAAGACUCAAAUGAAUGAAUGAAUGAAUGUGACGUCAGGUCCAGGGACCCCUGCUGAAUUAUUCUGCUGAAGUUUCUCAUCUCUGGCUCCUUCUCUGUUGCUGGUGUGACAGCUCAUCUGAGCUAUUGACAGCACCGAGGCUCAGCGUCCCGAUCGCCUCUCCACACCUGUUACCAUCAAGGCGACUCGCCGGCAGAAGAAAUGGCAAAAUACUUCCAUUCAUAUGAAGAGUUUUCUCUACAUUUAAUGAUGUUUCAGCUUCAAUUUUAAGACUUUUCUUUCCUGCUUUCUCCUUUCUAUUAAUCGCACUUGAGAUCUUGAGGUGAUCUGUAGUAGAACUUCUUAUUAACCAGG